AAACCGGUUGUCAAGAUAAACGGUUGUUUACAGAAGUAGAAAAUGCUGUACUAACUAUUUAGAAUUUAGGUCCACUGACAGAAUCUAGCUCACUUAUGAAGAGAGUGUAAAGUGCAAGCUAUUUUGAUGAAUGUGAAGUGAUGAAGAGUGACUUGUAAAGAACUAAAAUGAGUGCAAGGUCAGGAAAAUCAAGAAAAAGUGCGAGUGGGGUUGGUGGGAGUAGACCAGGCAGUUCUCGGCCCAAAAGUAGGCCAAGUGUUGGAAAUGACUCUGAGAAGGCUGUUGAAGAAGCUGCAACAGUGGAGGAACCAGAGGUAGACUUAGAAGAGGAAUUGGCGUCAGGAGACAAGGAAUCUGUUGUUCUUAUUCCUGAAGCUCCAGCAACACCCAUACCUGAUGAACAGCCUGAAAUGUCUGUGUUGGAUAUGAUAAAAAAGAGAUUAAUCUUAUCCGGUGGACUUCCAUCGGAGCUCACUCCAGAGGAUGAAGAUGUGAUUAAAAAUUUCAUUGAGAUUGAAUCUUUUCGACUGCUUGUUGCGUACAAUGACCAGUACAAUGGCCUGAGUCUCAGCCAUACCGUCCCCAAUUUCCCUGUACAACAGCUGUGCUACUUCAUCAAGUCAAUGAACACAACAGAGGUCACGAGUCAAAACUUUCUCAAGGAGAUACAAUACGGGUCUGUUAAAAGUGGCCACAUUGAAAGCUUGUUACGUAUAAUGAUGGGCAUAUACGCCCCCAUAUUUUUUGAAAAUCGAUCCUGGCCUGACAGUAUUAAAAAUGACUUUUCUGCCCAACUGCACCGUUUUUUGGCAAGUUUGACAGACACAAGAUGGAAACUGGAAGGGAAGACAGUCCUGUAUGUUCCCACUGAAGGUAUCAAGCUGACGGUGGAAGAGGCUGCCAAAAAUAAGGAACUUAUUCAGCGCCUUGAAACCUCAAUGAUCCAUUGGGCAAGACAAAUUAAAGAAGUUUUGAGCACUCAGGAUGCCUUUGAGAUGGCAGAAAACUCUGGUCCUUUGGAUGAAAUAGAGUUCUGGAAAAACCGCUGUGCUGACCUUUCUGGAAUCACAACCCAGCUGGAUAAACCGGGGGUCAAGAGGAUCACACAGAUCCUGGAGCUGGCCAAGUCAUCAUAUGUGACCCCAUUCCUUAAGCUCUCAGGACAGAUCAUUGAGGGAUCCAGACAGGCGGAGAGCAACUUGAAAUUUUUGGCUGUUCUCAAGGAUCCAUGCUACGAGCUGGCCGAUGCCAAACCCAAAGACAUUCCUAAACUCAUUCCCAAAAUUCUCAACAUCAUCCGCAUGAUAUGGGUGAACUCAGACUACUACAAAACUAGAGAGAGAUUGACUGGCAUUCUCAAAAAGAUGAGCAAUGAGAUUAUUCGUCGCUGUUCUGUUGAGAUCAACCUGGAUAAAAUUUUUGAUGGCUAUGUCAUCAGUGGGAAGCAGUCCCUCAAUGAUUGCAUUGAAUGCUGUGAGGAAUGGAAAGAAAUCUAUGACAAGACAUCCAGACUCCACCACAGGUUUUCACAAGUUGGCUGGGUCUUGGACAGGAGCAGCAUCUUUGCACAAAUUGAUGCAUUUAUUCAGCGAUGUAAAGAUAUGCUUGAGGUUUGUGAAGCACAGUUCCACUUUGCCAGGCAAGUGGAUGGGGAAAAGGCUGAGAUGCCCCACUUCCCUGGACAGAAGGGGCCUGAGAUUGUCCGUGGUCUCUUGGAGGUGGAAGCUCAGUUUGAGAAGAAUGUCAACCAGCUCAGGCUACAGAAGAAAAACAUUUUAGAUGUCAAAGCUACAUCCUGGCAUGACAGCUACAACAAGUUCCGAGCUGGAGUCAAAGAUCUGGAGGUCAUGAUGCAAAACACCAUCUCAUCAGCAUUUGACACAGUGAAAACAGUGGAAGGAGGAGUGGAGAUGUUGGACGUCUUCAUGCACCUGUCUUCUAGAGAGGCAGUUAGACGCACCAUUGAUAAAAAGACAGUGGAGGUGUAUGGUUUGUUCAACGAUGAGUUAAAUGCUGUCAAGAGAGAACUCUCCACCAAGGAUCACCCCACACUAUCACCCUCACAUCCUAAAUUUGCAGGAUCUGCACACUGGGCUAGGCUUCUCAAAAACAGAGUACAGAAGGGCAUGAAUGCUCUGGACCGAGCCCAUUUCCUCCCUCAAAUUGGGACAGGAGAGGAAGUCCGCUCCCAGUUCAAAUCUCUCAUGACUGCGCUGGAUGAGUUCAUCCGUAAGACAUACUACGAGUGGACAAUGACCGUGGAUAAAGAGCCUCAGAAACUUCUGGACUGCCCAUUGCUGUGUCGUAGUCUUGAAAGACCACCCAUGCUUGAUCUUAAUUUCAACAAGCACCUGCUGAAGAUGUUUCAGGAGAUCUACUACUGGGAGAGACUUGUCUUUGAAGCGCCACACUACGCCGUGGAGGUUUACACAAAGAAAGAAGAUCUCCGCUACCUGAGGGAAAAUGUCUUACUUGUUGUCAGGGAUUACAAUAGAAUCCUCUCAGCUUUGUCCAUGGAAGAGCGAGGUCUGUUUAAAGAGAGAAUUCGUUUCUUAGACAAGCGAAUUCACCCAGGCCUCACUAAAUUAACAUGGGCUUCAAAAGGCACUGUGGAUUAUUUCUUGCAUGAAUGCCGCACUCAUUGUGGAAAUAUCCAGUCAGUGGUGGAUAGUUAUAAGUUGGCCAAUCAAAAUGUUUCAAGUAUGUGUGUCAAAAUCAGUGAGUUACUUCUAGUCAAGAUUGAUUCCAAGGUGGUCUAUGAGAACUUGCAGUUUGACGAGGAUCAGGCCAAGCACAGAGAGAACGUCCAGAAAAAGCUAAGAGAAGCACAUGAAUCUAUUGUGUCCACACUACGCCAAUCUUACGAGGUGUAUAAAAAUGACGGCCCUGAAGUCCAGCAACAUUGGCUGAGAUACACAGAAAAGAUGGACAAAAUGCUGGAAGAGGCUUUCAGGCUGAAUGUCAAAUGGUCAUUGCAAGAGUUGUCCAAAGCCAUCAAUGGAGACGGCAAGUCUGCCCCAAACCCCUUGUUUAGGGUCAGGGUUAUUUUGGAAGGAGAUAAGGUUGAAUUUUCUCCAACACUGAUCCAACUGGCAACAAUAGUUGGGGAAAUAGGCAAAACACAUGUCAUCAAGGCCAUUUCUGAUUUCAAACGUCUGCCUGAUCUGUUGACCAAAAAGAAGUCAGCUAAAGAGUCAAUCAGUGAACUGGUAGCUAAAGAUGAAGAGAUCAAAAAAAUUCUCAAUGUUAUCAACACUGGCAUGCAGACCAAUGCACAGAACCUUCAAAACUACCUCAGUACAUGGGACUCAUACAGAGAAAUUUGGGAAAUUCAGAAAGAUGCAUUUAUUAGACGCUAUCAAAAACUGAAUCCUCAAAACUCUUCAUUUGAUGCUGAUAUAGCUAGAUAUAAUGAAGUGGCCAACAAUGUUCAAACACAGGAGACAAUUCUAAACAUUCAGUUUGCACUCUUAGACUGCUCUCCCCUGAAAUAUGCCAUACUCAGUCACUGCCAAGAGUGGCAGAAUAAGUUUACAACCUUGCUGAUGGAAAUAGCUACAGCCACCCUGCAGGAAAUCACCAAAUAUCUAUCAGACAACAGCGUCAGAGUGGCCCAACCACCACAGACCCUGGAUGAGCUGGGAGACAGCCUUGCUUUAUGGGACAAACUGAGUUCUGAGGUGCCUGUGACGGAGCAGAAGUUUGCUCCCCUGCAGGAGCAGUUUGUCAUCCUGGAGAAAUACGAAGUGGUCAUUCACAAAGAUGUGGCCCAGUUGCUGCAGCAGUUGCCUACCCAGUGGGAUGAGUUCAAACAGACCCUGACAGAUUCUGAGACCAUGCUCAAGAAACACAAGGAACGGUUCAAAGCUGGCCUGCUUUCACAAGCUGAAGAGUUCAAGAAACAAGCAGCAGAGCUAAUGAAGGAGUUUGAGACUAGUGGGCCCUUCACAUCCACCAUUAAAACUGAUGAUGCCCUGAGUGCUAUUGCUAAUGUUUAUGCUGCCAUGGAUGCCCUUAAGGAGCAGGAACAAGUGAUCAGACGUGGGCUCAACAUCUUCAAGAUUGAGCAGCCCCCAUCCAAGGACAUUGGAGCUUUAGAGAAGGAUCUAGAGAACAUCAAGGCCGUGUGGGAACUGACCAAAGAAUGGGAAACCAACUGGGAUACUUGGAAGUCUGGGAAAUUUUCAGACCUGGAAACAUCAGAGAUGGAGAACAACUCGGUCAACUUGUUCAAACAGCUGGCCAAGUACAGCAGGGCACUCAAGGAAAAGAACUGGGAGAUUGUGGAGACCAGUAAAAAUAAAGUGGAUCAGUUCAAGAGGACAAUGCCACUCAUCUCAGACCUCAAGAACAAGGCCAUGCGGCCCAGACACUGGAAACAAAUACAGGUGGAAAUGCAUCGCACUUUUGAUCCAGAUGCAGAUGACUUCACCCUGGAGAAAAUUAUUGAAUUUGGCUUUGAUCAGUACGCUGAGCAGAUCAAUGAGAUUUCUGGUGCAGCAACCAAAGAGUUAACUAUUGAACAGGGACUUGCUAAUAUUAAAGAAAUUUGGCAAAUGAGAGAAUUUGAUAUAGGGCCUUAUAAAGACAAAGGCCAUUACAAAAUCAGGACAACUGAGGAGAUUUUCCAAAACUUGGAGGACAAUCAAGUCCAGUUGUCUACCAUGAAAGCCUCAAGGUUUGUCAAAGCCUUUGAGAAAGAGGUGGACUACUGGGAGAGAACUCUGUCUCACAUCAUGGAGACGACAGAGAUGCUGUUGACAGUCCAGCGCCAGUGGAUGUACUUGGAGAAUAUUUUCCUGGGUGAGGACAUCAGAAAACAGUUGCCCAGAGAAUCCGCAGAGUUUGAUGCCAUCAACAAGACAUGGAAAGAAAUCAUGACGCGACUUUUCAACACAAAAAAUGCCCAGAAGGGAACACAUUAUCCAGGCACACUUGACCAAUUGAAUGAGAUGAAUGGCAAACUGGAAGAGAUUCAGAAAUCUUUAGACAUGUAUCUGGAGACUAAGCGCCAGAUCUUCCCACGAUUCUACUUCCUGUCUAAUGAUGACCUGCUGGAGAUCUUGGGUCAGUCAAAGAAUCCUGAAGCCAUCCAACCUCACCUCAAGAAAUGUUUUGACAACAUCAAGUCUCUGAAGAUGAGCAAAGCUGGCGUCCAGCAGAAAUGGGAAGCAGCCGGCAUGUUUUCCUGCGAAGGGGAAUAUGUCGAGUUUGGCCAUGCAGUGUUUCUAGAGGGCCCAGUUGAGGCAUGGUUGUGUGAUGUUGAAAAAACAAUGAGAUGGACCCUGAAAGAAAUCUUAAGGAAUUGCCGCACUGCUCUGAAAAAGAAUCUGAACAAAAGAGACAAAUGGAUCAAGGAUUGGCCUGGACAGAUGUGCAUCACAGCUGGUCAGAUUCAGUGGACACAGGAUGUAACCAAAGCACUGGCCAUCACAAAGGAAAGGGGAGACAAGAGAGCAUUGAAAAGUAUGAAAAAGAAACAAGUGAUCAUGCUGAAUAAGUUCUCUGAAGCCAUCCGCAGCAACCUCACCAAGAUGCAGAGGUCAAAGAUUGUUGCUGUUGUUACCAUAGAAGUGCAUGCCAGGGACAUCAUAGAGAAACUGGCCAAAACUAAUGUCAAUGAUGUCAAUUCAUUUGAGUGGCUGUCUCAACUGAGACUUUACUGGGACAAAGAGUAUGAUGACUGUGUAAUCAAGCAGACCAACACACAGUUCCAGUACGGCUACGAGUACCUAGGUAACUCUGGGAGACUGGUCAUCACACCAUUGACUGACAGAUGUUAUGUGACACUGACCACAGCAUUACACUUACAUAGAGGAGGCAGUCCUAAAGGCCCUGCCGGGACAGGGAAAACUGAAACAGUCAAAGAUUUAGGGAAAGCCCUCGGGAUGUAUGUCAUUGUGGUCAACUGUUCUGAGGGUCUUGACUACAAGUCUAUGGGCAGAAUGUUUUCUGGUCUUGCUCAGACUGGUGCCUGGGGUUGUUUUGAUGAGUUCAACCGUAUCAACAUUGAGGUACUGUCUGUGGUGGCCCAGCAGAUUCUGUCUAUACUGAGUGCCCUGGCUGCCAACUCAGAGAGAUUUGUAUUUGAGGGGCGGGAUAUUGACCUGGUCUGGUCUUGUGGGAUAUUCAUCACCAUGAACCCUGGCUAUGCUGGUAGAACAGAGCUACCAGAUAAUUUGAAAUCCAUGUUCCGACCAAUAGCCAUGGUGGUCCCUGACUCCGCCCUAAUUGCAGAAAUUACACUUUUUGCUGAAGGCUUCAACAAUACUAAGGUUUUAGCCAAAAAGACCUACACACUGUACAACCUGGCCAUGCAACAGCUGAGUAAACAAGACCACUACGACUUCCAGCUUCGUGCCAUUGUAUCACUGCUCAGAUACUCAGGGAGGAAGAAAAGAGCCAAUCCACAUCUUUCGGAUGAAGAGAUCUUACUUCUGUCAAUGAAAGACAUGAAUCUGGCUAAACUGACGUCCAUUGAUUUGCCCCUGUUUAACGGAAUCAUGUCUGAUUUGUUCCCUGGUAUUGAGACGCCUGUAGUUGAUUACACAAAGGUGAAGACUGCUAUUGAAGAAGAACUAAAGGAACAAAAGCUGCAAGUGAACAACCACACAGUGCUGAAGGUUGUGCAGCUGUUUGAAACCAAAUCCUCUCGGCACUCUGUCAUGAUAGUUGGGGGGACCCAGUCGGCUAAAACAGUCACCUGGAGAGUCCUUCAAGCCACCAUGGGCAGACUAAGCAAGGCAGGGGACGCUGCCUUCCAGCCAGUUAAAGAAUUCCCACUGAACCCUAAAGCCCUGUCACUUGGGGAGCUGUAUGGAGAGUUUGAUCUGAGCACAAAUGAGUGGACAGAUGGCGUCUUGUCUGCUGUUAUGAGACAGACAUGUGCAGAUGAAAAGUUAGAUGAGAAAUGGAUCGUCUUUGAUGGACCUGUGGACACGCUUUGGAUUGAGAGCAUGAACUCAGUCAUGGACGACAACAAAAUUCUGACUCUGAUCAACGGAGAGCGUAUCUCCAUGCCGGAGCAGGUGUCCCUGUUGUUUGAGGUGGAGGAUCUGUCAGUGGCCUCCCCUGCCACAGUGUCCAGGGCUGGCAUGGUGUACUGCGACUACAAAGAUUUGGGCUGGAUGCCUUUUGUCGACUCCUGGCUCAACAGAAAAACUAACAAGGCAUUAGUGGAGGAACUGAGGAAAUGUUUCGACAAAUAUGUUGUCAAGAUGUUAGACUUCAAGGCCCUCAACUGCAAGGAGUUGGUGCCAAUAGCAGAGUUGAAUGGAGUGGCAUCCCUUUGCAAACUUUUUGAUGCUCUUGGCACUGUGGAAAAUGGGGUUGACCCCAAUGACCAGGACACUUUCUCCAGAACUGUUGAAAUUUGGUUCCAGUUCUGCCUGAUCUGGUCAAUCUGUAGCUCCGUGGACGAGGAAGGAAGGAAAAAAAUUGACAACUAUGUGCGGGAGAUGGAGGGCACUUUCCCCAACAAGGACUCCAUUUUUGAAUACUAUGUUGAUGUGAAGAACAAAACCUGGCUACACUGGGAGGAGAGGCUGAAGGAAGGCUGGAAGUACAACCCUAAUGUGCCAUUUUUCAAACUGAUUGUGCCGACUGUGGAUACCAUCCGCUACCAGUUCCUGUGUUCUGCACUGAUCAGCACACAGAACCCAGUCCUUCUGGUGGGUUCUGUGGGCACAGGAAAAACUUCUGUCAUAGAGAGCACCCUCUCCAAGUUUGACAAGUCUGAAUUCUCUGUGCUUUCAGUCAACAUGUCUGCUCAGACUACGUCAAACCAAGUUCAGAACAUCAUAGAAUCCCGCGUGGAGAAACGCACUAAAGGUGUGUACGUUCCACUGGGGGGUAAAAAAAUGAUCACAUUCAUGGAUGACCUAAACAUGCCAGCUAAGGACACUUUUGGUUCUCAGCCUCCGUUGGAGCUCAUAAAACUGUGGCUGGACUACGGCUUCUGGUACGACAGAGAGAGACAGACCAUCAAGUACAUCAAGGACAUGCUGCUUGUCAGCGCCAUGGGCCCACCUGGUGGCGGCCGCAUGGUCAUCUCUCGACGUCUGCAGAGUCGUUUCAACCUCAUCAACAUGACUUUCCCACAGGAGUCCCAGAUCAAGAGAAUCUUUGGCAGCAUGAUCAACCAGAAGCUUCAGGACUUUGAGGAGGAGGUGAAGCCCAUAGGAGACAUCAUGACACAAGCCACCAUUGAGAUGUACCAGGCCAUCGUCCAGAGGUUCUUACCCACCCCAACCAGGAUACACUACCUCUUCAAUUUAAGGGACAUUUCAAAGAUAUUUCAAGGCUUGCUAAGGGCUAACAAAAAUUAUCAUGAUACAAAGCAUGCCAUGACAAGGCUUUGGAUACAUGAAUGCUUCAGAGUAUUUUCAGAUCGAUUGAUAGACUCAAAGGACAAUAAUGCUUUUAUUGAACUUCUCUCUGAAAAACUUGGAGUCUUGUUUGACCAGACAUACCAUAACAUUUGUCACAACAAAAUACCUCCACUGUUUGGAGACUUCAUGCACCCAGAGAAUGUGUAUGAAGACAUCCAGCAUGCGGAGAAGUUGAAGAAGUUCAUGCUGGAGCAGCUCAAUGACUACAACAACACACCCAACACUGUGUCUAUGGACCUAGUGCUCUUCAGAGAUGCCAUUGAACACAUUUCCAAGAUUGUGCGUGUGAUAAGACAGCCCCGAGGCAACAUGCUGCUGAUUGGUAUUGGUGGCAGUGGUCGUCAGAGCUUGACCAGGCUUGCGUCUUUCUUGUGUGACUAUUCAGUCUUCCAAAUUGAAGUCAGCAAGAUCUACAGAAAACAGGAGUUCAGAGAUGAUUUGAAAAAGCUGUACUCUCUAGCUGGGGUUACCAACAAACCCACAGUUUUCUUAUUCAAUGACAUCCAGGCUGUUGAGGAGGAUUUCUUUGAAGAUAUAAACAAUAUCUUGAGCAGUGGAGAAGUACCCAACUUGUACAAGAGUGAUGAAUUUGAAGAGGUCAAAAACGCCCUAAUGGACGAUGUGAAAAAACUUGGACUGGAUGAGAGCACCCAAAGUGUUUUUAAUUUCCUGAUUGACAGAGUGCGAGCAAACCUUCAUGUUGUCCUCUGUAUGAGCCCAAUAGGAGAAGCUUUCAGAAACCGCAUGAGAAUGUUCCCAGCGUUUGUCAACUGUACGACCAUUGAUUGGUUCAGUGAGUGGCCGGCUGAGGCUCUACUAGAAGUGGCUGACAAGUACCUGGUUGACAUGACUUUGGGGACUGAUGAAGCUGAUAAGGAACGCUACAAUUUGGACAAGAACAAACACGCCCUGGCCCAGAUGUUUACCAUCAUGCACAAGUCAGUGUCUGAGUUCUCCAGCAAGAUGUUUGAAGAAAUGAAGCGCCACAACUACGUCACACCCACUAACUACUUAGAGCUGGUAGCUGGCUAUAAAAAGCUGCUGUAUGAAAAGGCCAAGGAACUGACUGAAGGCAGGGAUAAACUCCGGAAUGGUCUGAGUAAGAUCGAUGACACCAGGGAAAAAGUUGAGAAGAUGAAAGUGGAGUUGGAGGACGCUAAGCUGAAAGUGGCGGCCUACCAAAAGCAGUGCGAUGAAUUCCUCAAGACUCUAGUCCAACAGAAGAGAGAAGCUGAUGAGCAACAGAAGUCUGUAGCUCAGAAGUCUGAGAGAAUCAAGGAAGAAGAGGUCAAAUGCCAGCAGAUGGCAGAUGUGGCUCAGGCUGACCUUAACGAGGCUCUACCUGCACUGGAUGAAGCUAACAAGGCCCUGGAGUCUCUGAACAAAAAAGACAUGACUGAAAUCAAAUCUUACGGCCGACCACCUGCCCUGGUUGAGAAGGUCAUGGAAUCUGUCAUGAUUCUACGAGGCAAUGACCCAACUUGGGCCGAGGCUAAAAAACAGCUAGGUGACCAAAACUUCCUGAAACAACUGAUGAACUUUGACAAAGACAACAUCACAGACCGCGUCUUGAAGAAAAUUGGCCAGUACGUCGCGCAGGCCGAUUUCCACCCAGAAAUAAUUGGCCGUGUGUCUCUGGCCGCCAAGUCUCUGUGUAUGUGGGUGAGGGCCAUGGAGAUGUACGGCCGUAUAUACAGAGUGGUGGAGCCCAAGAGGCAGAGGCUGAAUGCUGCCAUGGCUGUACUCAGGGAAAAGCAGGCGGCACUGGCUGAUGCUAAAGCUAAACUAGCUGAGGUAGAGGCCAAGAUGGCGGAGCUGAAGGUGUUGUAUGACGAAAAACUGGCCCAAAAGGAAGAGCUGAAGAAAAAAGCUGAACACACGGAACUCAUGUUAGACAGAGCUCAGAAACUGGUCUCUGGGUUGGCAGGGGAGAGAAUUCGUUGGGAACAAACUGUCAAGGAUCUGGAAGAACGUAUGGGCCACCUGGUAGGUGACGUCCUGAUUGCUGCUGCCUUCCUGUCCUAUAUGGGCCCAUUCCUGUCAACAUACAGAGAGGAGAUUGUCAACACGAGGUGGAUGACCGAGGUGAAAAAGCUCGGCAUACCUGUGGGUUCAGAAUUUAGUUUCUGUAAUUUCAUGGCCAAACCAACACAAGUACGAGACUGGAACAUUCAGGGUCUUCCCAGUGAUGCCUUUUCUACAGAAAAUGGUGUCAUAGUCACCAGAGGUCAGAGAUGGCCUCUUAUGGUUGACCCUCAAGGUCAAGCUAUCAAAUGGAUCAAAAACAUGGAACACACCCAGGGUCUGAAAGUUGUAGAUCUACAAAUGCACGACUACAUGCGUACACUAGAAGGAGCUGUACAGUUUGGCAUGCCUGUCCUGCUCCAAAAUGUGCAAGAAAAAUUAGACCCCUCACUUGAUCCCAUUCUCAACAAGUCACUCAUGAAAAUAGGUGGCGCCAACAUCAUGAAGCUUGGAGACAAAGAGAUUGAAUACAACGAGGCCUUCAGGUUUUACAUCACAACCAAGAUGAGCAACCCUCACUACACCCCUGAGAUCUCCACUAAGGCCACCAUUGUCAACUUCGCUGUCAAGGAACAAGGUCUGGAGGCCCAGCUGCUGGGUAUUGUGGUCAGGAAGGAGAGGCCAGAACUGGAGGAGCAGAAAGACAGCCUGGUCAGAAGUAUCGCAGCAGGCAAGAAGAAACUGGUGGAGUGUGAGGACGAAAUUCUCAGAUUACUGAAUGAGACGAAAGGAUCUCUGCUUGAUGACGCUCAGCUGGUCAACACACUGCAGCUGUCAAAGACAACCUCUCAAGAGGUCACCGAGUCUGUGACCAUCGCUGAACAGACUGAAAUCAAGAUUGAUGCUGCUCGUGAAGGCUACAGGCCAUGUGCACAAAGGGCAUCAACAUUGUUCUUUGUACUCAAUGACAUGGGUCGCAUUGACCCCAUGUACCAGUUCUCACUGGAUUCCUACAUAGACCUGUUCACCAUCUCCAUAGAGAAGUCCCAGAGGUCCUCAAAACUGGACGAGAGGAUCGUCAAUUUGAAUGAGUACCACACGUAUGCUGUGUACAGGUUCACAUGCCGAGGUCUGUUUGAGAAACACAAAUUACUCUUCUCCUUCCAAAUGUGUGCUAAAAUCCUGGAGCAUGCGGGCAAGCUGAACAUGGAUGAGUACAACUUCUUCCUGAGGGGAGGAAUUGUCCUGGACAGAGAGAACCAGAUGGACAACCCCUGCACCAACUGGCUGUCUGACAACUCCUGGGACAACAUCACAGAGCUGGACAAGCUGACCAACUUCCAUGGGAUCAUCACUUCCUUUGAGCAGUACGCCAGAGACUGGAACCUUUGGUAUAUUUCUGCGGAGCCGGAGUCUACGCCUUUGCCAGCUGAAUGGGAUAACGCGUGUAACGAGCUCCAGCGGAUGUUGAUUGUCCGCUCCCUAAGGCCAGACAGGGUCUCCUUCUGUGCCACUUCAUUCAUCAUCAACAACCUGGGGUCAAAGUUCACAGAGCCUCCUGUCCUUGACAUGCAGGCAGUUGUUGAAGACUCCACCACAAGAACUCCCCUGAUCUUUGUGCUGUCCCCUGGAGUGGAUCCCACAAGUGGUCUGCUACAACUUGCUGAGAACAGUGGGAUGGCAGCAAGGUUCCAUGCCUUGUCCCUAGGUCAAGGUCAGGCUCCUAUUGCUACAAGAAUGAUCAAAGAGGGAGUUAAAGAGGGCAAGUGGGUGUUCCUGGCCAACUGCCACCUCUCCCUGAGCUGGAUGCCACAGCUGGACAAACUUGUGGAGCAGCUCCAAAUAGAAGAGCCGCACCCUGAGUUCCGGUUGUGGUUGUCCUCGUCGCCCCACCCAGAGUUCCCAAUAUCCAUCCUACAGACCGGCAUCAAGAUGACCACAGAGCCCCCUAAGGGGCUAAAGGCCAACAUGAAGCGUCUGUACAACCUCAUCACAGAGCAACAGUUCCACCGCUGCCACAAGCAGGAGAAGUAUAAAAAACUCCUCUUCACUCUCUGCUUCUUCCACUCCAUUCUACUGGAGAGGAAGAAGUUCCUCAUGCUGGGCUGGAACAUUGCUUAUGAAUUUAACGACUCAGAUUUUGAGGUUUCUGAAAAUCUGCUGUCUAUUUAUCUGGAUGGUUAUGAUGAAACACCAUGGGAAGCCCUGAAAUAUUUGAUUGCAAACAUCAACUACGGUGGACACGUGACAGAUGACUGGGAUAGACGCUUGCUCAUGACUUACAUUGCUGACUACAUGAACGAAUCUGUUCUUACAGUUCCAUUCAACAAGCUGUCCUCACUACCAACAUAUUACAUCCCCAAAGAUGGCCCCCUCUCAUCCUACAAAGAGUAUGUCAGCAUGCUGCCCAAUGUGGAUCACCCAGAGGCGUUUGGCCAACAUCCCAACGCUGACAUCUCCUCUCAGAUCCAGGAGACCAGGCUACUCUUUGACACUCUACUGUCUCUACAGCCUCAAGUCUCAAGCUCAGGCGGGGAGAGCAGGGAGGACAAGGUGUUGGAGUUAGCAGCCAACAUUUUCAAACAAAUUCCAGAGAACAUGGAUUAUGAUGGCACGGCAAAGAUAUUGUCAGUGGAUCCAUCUCCACUCAAUGUGGUUUUGUUGCAAGAGAUCCAACGUUACAACAUACUCCUGAAUGAAAUCAGAUCAUCUCUGACAGCUCUUGAGAAAGGUAUUCAAGGUCUUGUGGUGCUCACUGUUGACCUUGAGAAUAUCUUCAACUGUAUUUUUGAUGGCAGGGUACCCCCACUGUGGGAGAAGGCUUAUAAUUCUAUGAAGCCCCUGGCAGCAUGGACAAGAGAUUUGGUGCAGAGAGUGGACAUGUUUGCCAAAUGGGCCUCACUGGCCAAACCACCCUGGGUCUUCUGGAUGUCUGCUUUCACUUUCCCCACAGGAUUUUUGACAGCAGUGCUACAAACAGCUGCUCGACAGAAUAGUCUUUCUGUGGAUUCAUUAUCCUGGGAGUUUAUUCCUCAAACUGUUGAUGACAGUAAUUUGACUGGACCUGCUAAGGAUGGUGUGUACGUCAAGGGGUUGUUCCUACAAGGUGCAGGUUGGGACAAGAAGAACGCAGUCCUAGUUGAAGCCAACCCUAUGCAGCUGGUGUGCAGCAUGCCAACCAUCCAGUUCAAACCUGUCGAGUUCAAAAAGAAAGGCAGCAAAGGGCCUAAAAAGAAGAAAGAAAGCAUGUACACAGCACCUUGCUACUACUACCCUGACAGGGCAGGAAAAUCUGGCCGCCCCAGCUUUGUGGUGGCUGUUGAUUUGAAGGCAGGAGACAAACCCAGCGACCACUGGGUCAAGAGAGGCUGUGCUCUACUCAUGAGUUUGGACUAUUAAACCUUUUUGUUUUACGUCCGACUCAGACUUCAUAGAGCUAGAAUUACUUCAGUAUUAUUUGAAGUGACUGCUGAAGAAUAUUCAUUUGUGUAAUUUAUUUGUAAAUAUAAAAUAUGUGUUGAAAUAUUUAUAGACUGCUGAAAUUCUUUGUAUUUUAUAGCUAUUUCUACAAUAUUAUUUUUUUAGUAUUUAAUAAAAUUUCCAAUGACCAGGUGUUAAAAUCCUAUUUGUAUUCUAGUUUUAACUAAUUCCUGAGUGACAGAUCUCAUAUUGCAUGGCAUGAUAUAAGAUGCAAGUAUAUUAUGUAUAUAAAUACAUUUACGAUGAUAUGUUUUUAAGAGUUAUUUGUUGCCAACAACAUUCCGUCCUUUAGAUUAUGUAAAUUGAUGUUUGUAAUUUAUAUCCAAUGUGAUAUUAAAAUUUAUAAAAUCCACCAGCUUGUGAUAAAAAAUUUUCAUAAUUAUAGACUUACUACAUUCCGUCCAACUUGCCUUAUUUUUAAUGUUACUUUUUGUU